CUCUGAUCUGAUCGAGUCUGGCGAGCCAGGGCGUCUCCGCAAGGGAUGCGAAGAUCUGUCUAGCGGCUCCUCCCCCAGACUCCCUUUAGUGAAUUCGGCGCUUUUCUGCGAGGCCCGGCGCCAUCCCUCCUCAACCGCUCUCUUGUCAUGGAUCCGACCCGGGGCCUGGAAAGUGACGAGACGCGGCCCAAGGUUGAAGCGUUGACUCAAGAAGAAAUCAAUGAACGUCUGCGCCGCAAGCGUAAGGCGCGUGGACAAAAGGCUUGCCAUCCUUGCCGGCAGAGGAAAGUCGGCUGCAAUUACCAAAAACCCUGCCAAAAAUGCAUCGACCGCAACCAUCCCGAACUCUGCGUCUAUGAGCCUGUGUCGAAACGCGCAAACAUCGACACCUCGGCCACCACCCAUCAGGUUCCAGCCCCCGCUUCGACAGAAGGUGCCCCGGUGGGAUGGAGCAGGAUCACCGAGAGACUGCAGACCAUCGAACAGUCCAUUCAAGAGUUGCGAACUGAGCUGAAAGAUUUGGCAGGCCGCGACGGGUCUCCUUCGACAUUGGUCGGCCGGCCCAGGCCUGACAGGGCGGGACGGGACUCGAGCAGCGACGGGGUGGACCAGGACAGCUUCGCCAUCCACACGAGCAACGAGGUUACCGGCGAGACCGUCCACCUAGGCGGCAACUCGGUGCCUGCCAUGGUCUUCUCUCUGAAGAGUGAUCCCAACGAAUACGAUGUCCAGGAUCUACUCGGCAAGAGCAUCUUACCUCUGUUUGGCCUGGACAACGAGAGUGCCACUUACCCGUUCGUCGACCUCUGGGGCUUACCUCACGGAUCAUAUGCUCGGCUGCAGGCAUUGUGCAGACUGUUACCGACCGACGCCGACUGCCUCCAAUACUUUGCACAAUACCGGGAUACCGCUCAUGUUCUUUUCCCUGGCGUCGUCGACAUCAAACAGUUUGAGGGGGAACUCACUCAUUUCCUCAUCAACAAGGCUGCCGUGACCCGGGAUGCUCCUUACGAGGCUCUGUCCAAUGACAACAUAUAUGGCAAAACUCUGCACUGGGUCGGGUUGCUGUUCGCCAUUCUUGCGUCUGGCUACCAAUGUUCCUCGCUGCCGCGGAAAGAACGGCAACUGACGAGCCAAGUAUACGUGUGCUGUGCUUAUGAAUGCCUCCGCAUCAUAAACUAUUUGUCCAACUCCAAGUUGCUCGAUAUCCAGACGUUGUUGGUGCUGGGGAAUGUCAUUUCCAACAACAUGAACUCCGGCAUUGCCUGGUGCCUGCUUGGAUUGACCAUCCGGAUUGGCCAGAGCCUAGGUCUUCAUCAGAAGGCCUUCCGGACUAGCUCCGACGCCGAGAGGUCGGUGCGGGAGGAACUCUGGUGGCGUAUAGUGUGGCAGGACAGUCUCAUCUCGAUCACGUUCGAUCGAGCAUCGGCGACUCCCACGAUCUCGCAUCACAAAACAAUCGAGUCUGCCGAGAAUGUGUGGUUGUCGUAUACCGACUGCAUGAAGAUCCUGUGCGAGACUGGCCUCGACAUUGUGCGAGAGCGGAGCAAACAUAGCGAUCCCCGCCAUGAACUCGUGCGCAUCAAGAGACAUCAGGACGAACUGGCCAGGAUGAUGAGCCACUCGCUCCAACAUCUCAAAGACGCGACAGCGUGCCAGUCAAUGAGGGAUCAGCUCGAGCACUGGAACCUCUAUCUCCACCGCUCCUAUAUCAUGUGUGAGCUGUACCGGUCGGCAUUGAAACGCAGGGGGGCUUCGUCGGAGCUGGCCCCCUUUCGGGCCAUAUGCUUGGAGAACAUGGCCAACACGGUGGAUGCCUUUCUGGGACUGUCCAACGUGACUCGGUUUGCCACUCAGUCUUGGGCUGCGGUGCAUCGGUCUCUGAGCUCGGCGCUGUUGCUUGGGAUUCUGAAACAACCUCAAACCGACCUGCGUGUGCGGUCACUGCUUGACAAAUUGAUUAUGCUCAUGUCGAGCAUCAACUCGUCGCUGGAUCCCACCGAAAUAUCUGCACCCAUCUCGAGAGCUGUCAGGGCCCUUGCACGGCUCAAUGCUUUCCACGGCUCGGACGCGGGGGCCGAGCACGGGGCGGGUGGCCAUGUCGUUCCUGGCUGGGAUCGAAGCACUAGCUCGGACGUUCACAUGUACUCGGGGCACCCUUCGAAUGAAGCAUCUGGGGAUGACGCGGGUCGGUCUGAGGAUUCGCCUUAUGAGCUGAUGGAGAAGAUUCUUUGGGGAUCACAGGGGAUAUCUCCAGUCUGAGGCUUGCAGUGACGGGAUCGUAUGUCUUUUGCUGGAUUUAGUUGCGAUGCCGUUCUUGAGGCGGCAGUCGGCGUACCGUUAUGGAGGCCAUCAGGACAGUUUGCCCGCAAUUGGGAC